UGAGUAGGCGGAGAGGCCUGGGCGCCUCCUCCCCUCUCGGGACGUGCGUCCGGGAAUCACUCCGGGUCCUGCUCCUCCCUGCCGGCGGGGGGGGGGGGGAGAAGGGGGACAGGCGGCUGUCCUCUCCGGCUAUAAAGGGAACUGGGCCUCCGCGGCUUGCCUCGGCUCGCCUGGGCGUCCUCCCGGCUAGAGCUCCCGCUCCCGCUCCACUCGACCCUCUCGGGCCUCGGCUACUCGGGCUGCGGCGGAAGAUGGCGGCUUCGGCGGGUCACCCGGCUCGGGAGGCUCGGUCCGAAUGCUCUGAGGAAGCGCUGGCCGCUGCCUUAGCGGACAUGCCCGAACUAGCCCGACUUCUAGAGGCAGACCCGUACCUGAAGCCCUUCGCUCCGGAAUUCCAGCGCAGGUAUAAGCGGUUUAACCAGACUUUGAACAACAUUGGAGAGAACGAAGGUGGUAUUGAUAAGUUUUCCAGAGGUUAUGAAUCAUUUGGCGUCCACAGAUGUGCUGAUGGUGGUUUAUACUGCAAAGAAUGGGCCCCGGCAGCAGAAGGAGUUUUUCUUACUGGAGACUUCAAUGAUUGGAAUCCAUUUGCAUACCCAUAUAAAAAACUGGAUUUUGGAAAAUGGGAGCUAUAUAUCCCACCAAAGCAGAAUAGAUCUGUCCUAGUACCUCAUGGAUCCAAAUUAAAGGUUGUUAUUAGGAGUAAAAGUGGAGAGAUCUUGUAUCGUAUUUCACCGUGGGCCAAGUAUGUGACUCGUGACGGUGAUAAUGUGAAUUAUGAUUGGAUACACUGGGAUCCAGAACACGCAUAUAAAUUUAAGCAUUCCAAACCAAAGAAGCCAAGAGGUCUACGAAUUUAUGAAUCUCAUGUGGGAAUUUCUUCCUAUGAAGGAAAAAUAGCUUCUUAUAAACAUUUUACAUGCAAUAUACUACCAAGAAUCAAAGACCUUGGAUACAAUUGCAUUCAGUUGAUGGCGAUCAUGGAACAUGCUUACUAUGCCAGUUUUGGUUACCAAAUCACAAGCUUCUUUGCAGCUUCAAGCCGUUAUGGAACUCCUGAAGAGCUGAAAGAACUGGUUGACACAGCUCACUCAAUGGGUAUUACAGUCCUCUUAGAUAUGGUACAUAGCCAUGCCUCAAAAAAUUCAGAAGAUGGAUUGAAUAUGUUUGAUGGGACAGAGUCCUGUUACUUUCAUUACGGACCUAGAGGGAAUCAUAAUCUUUGGGAUAGUCGAUUGUUUGCCUACUCCAGCUGGGAAGUUUUAAGAUUUCUUCUGUCAAACAUAAGGUGGUGGUUGGAAGAAUAUGGAUUUGAUGGAUUUCGUUUUGAUGGUGUUACAUCCAUGCUCUAUCAUCACCAUGGAAUAGGUCAGAAUUUUUCCGGUAACUACCAUGAGUAUUUUGGACUACAAGUAGAUGAAGACGCUUUGACUUAUAUCAUGUUGGCAAAUCAUUUGGUUCACACGCUGUAUCCAGAUUCUAUAACAAUAGCUGAGGAUGUAUCAGGAAUGCCAGCUCUGUGUUUUCCAAUGUCCCAGGGAGGGGGUGGCUUUGACUAUCGAUUAGCCAUGGCAAUUCCGGAUAAAUGGAUCCAGUUACUUAAAGAAUAUAAAGAUGAAGAUUGGGAUAUGGGGAAUAUAGUGUAUACACUCACAAACAGACGCUGCCUUGAAAAGUGCAUUGCUUAUGCAGAGAGCCAUGAUCAGGCACUCGUUGGGGAUAAGACGCUGGCGUUUUGGUUGAUGGAUGCUGAAAUGUAUACCAACAUGAGUGUUCUAACCCCGUUUACUCCAGUUAUUGAUCGUGGAAUACAGCUUCAUAAAAUGAUUCGACUCAUUACUCAUGCACUUGGUGGAGAAGGCUAUCUCAAUUUCAUGGGUAAUGAAUUUGGGCAUCCUGAAUGGUUAGACUUCCCAAGAAAAGGAAAUAAUGAGAGCUACCAUUAUGCAAGAAGGCAGUUUCAUUUAACUGAUGAUGACCUUCUCCGCUAUAAGUUCCUAAAUAACUUUGACAGGGAUAUGAAUAAAUUGGAAGAAAGAUGUCAUUGGCUUUCAGCUCCACAGGCCCAUGUUAGUGAAGAGCAUGAAACCAAUAAGAUCAUUGCUUUUGAGAGAGCAGGCCUUCUUUUUGUUUUCAACUUUCAUCCAAGCAACAGCUACACUGAUUACCGACUUGGAACGACAGUGCCAGGAAAGUACAAAAUUGUGCUAGAUUCAGAUGCAGCGGAAUAUGGAGGACACCAGAGACUGGACCACAAUACCGAUUUCUUUUCUAAACCUUUUGAACAUAAUAACCAUCCCUAUUCUCUUUUGGUGUACAUUCCAAACCGAGUGGCCCUCAUCCUUCAGAAUGUGGACCUGCCCAACUGAAGAGAUCUGAUUUCAGCUCCAGCAAAGAAAGAUGUGCACUUUGUUUUCCCACACUCAUUGUCCCAGAGCUUGUAAUGUGUAAGCUUUUCAAAAUAUAUUUGUCUAGCCUAAAUGUCAGAUGUCUGAAAUUCAAUACUGGUUUAUGAAAAUGAAUGUCAAACUUUUCUUUAAGGAGGAGAGGGGAGCAUAUUUUUUGAAAUUUUGGAGAUCCUAGACUAUAUUUUCCAGCCAUCUGAACAGCUAGGAUGCUCAAAUGAAGUGUGAUAUAUCAUGUCUUCAAACAGUUUUGCCUUACAGGCCAAUCAUUUAGUCCUUUUAAGUUCAGGUUUGAAUCAUGUGUCACGUUUGAUUACUUCUGUUGAAUGUAUACAGCAUUUUUUUUAAGGUAGAUAUUUGGUGACUUUAUUUGUUCUGGUAUCUCUUGGUCUAAAUUACAAAAUACCACGAUUGUUACUCUCCUUUUUCAAAUUGUGUUUAGAAAUACUGUAAUAAGUAUAUAAUAAUAUAAAACUAAGAAUUGUGUCAAAGGUAAAAGUCGUUGCCUAUGAACUCAUCCAUGCCUUAUUUUGCAUAAGUUUUAUCUUGUGAUCUCUUGUUCACUUAGUAUCUUGGUAGAUGCUAAUAUCUUCAUUUCUGAAGGCCUGACUUGGUAAUUGUAACAUUUCAGAAACUAUCUUUUACUUCCAGUCAAUAAAAAAACAAAUUGUGAAAUUGCCUUUGAUAAUGUUUAUUUUGCUGUGAUGUUAUGGGGAUUGAUUUAAAGUGAAUAUUAAAUUGCCUCUCUCAACUCUGAGACCUUCCCCACAUAUGCGCACAUUGCACGAUGGACGAGGCGUAGGGAUUAAUACUAUUUUUUUUCUUUAGGUACUAUUUGGUAACUUGAAGUUAUACUAAAUAACUCAGAUAUCUAAGCUACUUUUGAGCUCUAAACCUCAACACUUUUAGAAGCUGAAUUAACUAUCUCAACUCCGUGGGAUACUCCAUCAUGAAAUUGCCCCUUGGUUUAUUAAAUAGCAGGUCACAGGUAAUUCAUUCAUAACUGAGAAAUUAUGAUGCAUUUAUGAGACAUAAAGUAUCUGUCACUUUUUAAAAGACUUAAUAUUUUCCUUUACAUUAAUACUGACUGCUUCUUUUUUUGUUUGUUUUUAGCUUAUCAUGACUAAUAAGGAGUACAUGAAAGUCUAUUAAAAACUGGUUCAGUAAUGGAAGAGAUUAGCAAAAGAGACUUCCUUUUAUAGCUAAACCUGCAUAUUAACCAUCUUUCUUAUAACUUGAGUAAAGCCUUGAAUCUAGGUCUGACACAUGUUAUUUGCCUUAAUUUCAAAAGUACAGUAAUAGUUUGAUUUCCUGACAGCGAUGCCAGAUGAUGAUGACACACGUUAGGAAAGACUACUGAAAGCCUUCUGUAAUGCUUUUCCCCUUACAGAUGUGUUAUUAACAUUUUAGCACUGCCAUGAUUUGUGUACUGUGCCUGUUAUUGAUAAUAACAUGAUGUACAACCAUGAUGUUUUGUGUUCUACCUUAUAAUUUCUUACCUUUGCAUUUCUUAUGUAUAAAGAGAUAUGCUAAUUUUCUAUCGUGACUCUUUAAAAAAUGACACAUUACUUCACACCUAGAACUCGUUUUUUUGUUUGUUUGUUUUUUUGACUUCAGCCUCUGUGGAAAGUCAAAAAGACCAGCGUAGUUAUAUGCUAUAUUUUCAUUAUGUUGAUUGACCUUACUAUUAUGGCCUUUAGAUUUCACAGUGUAAAGUUCGAAUUUAACAAUGUAAUGUAAGUUAAUUGCCUUUGUCAAGUGUUCCUCCUGCCACAAGAACAAUAAACAGUUGUUUUAGGUGUGAAACAUAAAAAUACGUGCAAAGAAAUA